AUGGACAGCCUCUUCGGUAGGAAGAAAGCACGGCCACGACAAGGCUCUGUCUCCAACCCAGGCGAACUGCGCUCCGUGCCAUACGACAGAGUCCCUCCAGGCUCCCCCGUCUCCGUCGCUCCUUCUCGCUCAAAUGUCGUCUCCAAUAUUUCAGCUCCAAUCACGAACCCCACCCUUACCGCAAACGGCACAGAGCUAAAUCUUCACCUUCUCGGACGGCACAGAUACGACCGCGAGCCAUCUACGGCCUCCACCUCCAACACGCGUCCAAGUUCUCCGCAAACGUCUUCUGCAGAUGACUCCUCCACGCUUUACACCGAGUCCAUAGACUCACUACCCAAGCGGCGCAUAAGACAGAGCGAGGCUUCUUCGUCCGGCAGACGGAGCCCAUCCGUGGCAGACUAUGGCCCAUACCAUUCCCCGACCUCCCCACCUCCGCCCCUUCCCAAUUCUGCCAACUUAAACAACACCAUGCGGCCAACAUCGACAAUGACUACCAUGACUUCACGCUCGGAUGGCAAUCGCGCCUCGCGUUACGCGCCGUCGCUGGCGAGCAACGAAGCCCGUUCCACCUAUUCUCACCACCACUUCCCGCAUGCCCACCUUCACCGGCAUCCUUCAGCAGACGAGUUCUACUUUCCACGGCCGGAUUCCGAUGCUGAGAUCGAAGCCUUGUUUGACGACAUGAAGCGUACGCGCGACCUCGGACAGUUGCCACACCUUACAAUCGACCAGAAGUGGAAUAUGGUGGAGAGUCAUGAAAGGAUUCGGUGGAAGGAUGAGAAGACGAGAGACGAGCAGUCGAGGAGGCAGCAGGAUGCUGGGAGACCAGCGGCGAUCGAGGAGGGGUCGCCACAGUGGUAUGUAAAGAAGUUUCUGGACAAGACGAUUACCGCGAAGCAGGCGUCGGGACUAUGGGUGUCGUUGCGUGGUAAGGAGAUGAGUUGGUUCCGCGAAUUCAUCUCGAUACAGGGCACCUCAGUACUGGCUCAGUCGCUAUCACACAUCAGCAGGAAAGGGCGAGACUCGGACAAUCAACUCGAGUACGAGGUCGUGCGCUGUUUGAAGCAGAUUUUAAACCACCCAUAUGCUACGAGCGAGGCUCUUACACAUCAUCUCAUUGUCACUCAAGUCGCUUCGUCUCUGAACUCACCACGCAUAGGCACCAAGAAACUCUUGAUCGAAUUGCUCUCUUUCUUGGCUUAUUGGAACGAUGGCGAAGCCCACGGUCUCGUCAUAUCUGCCUUGGAGUCUCUCAGUUCAGCCAACGAGCAGGAUCACACACCCUAUGCUUACUGGUUCCAGAAUAUGGAGAGUAUCCUUUCUGGCCGAGGAAAGAUGGGCAGUCUUGUCGGUGCGAGUGAGGAGGUGCGGAAGAACGCAGCCAUGGAUGGAUCCGUAAAUGAGUAUGCUCUCUCGAACUUGAUCCUGAUCAAUGGUAUCGUGGACUUCAUAGACGAUCUGGACGUGCGGCUUCACCACCGGACGCAGAUGGAGACCGCCGGCCUUCAGCGCAUCAUCGCCCUAUGUCGAGAAUUCAAUUUCGGACCAAUCGAAAAGCAACUCGACAUCCUCCAAGAUCAACUGGAUGACGACGAGGCUAAGCUCAAGGAACGCCUCGACCAGGAGAUCCUACGGGACCUGACCGAUCUAGAGGACGUGUACAAUGCUCUCAAAGCGCGGACGGAGGGUACCAGGGCUCACGACUACCUACUUUCAAUGCUUCAACACCUUCUUCUGAUCCGGGAAGAAGGUCCUUUACUCGACCAUCAUUAUCAAUUGAUUGACACGCUCGUUAGCGAUGUGGUCAUGGACAAGAAGCUCGGUGGCGCCGAGGCACGGCUCGGUCAAUCUGUCGAGCGCAUCAUCGGGCAGUUCAACGAUGCCGACCAGUACAAGGUCGCGGAAGCCGACGCCGCCAGAGCACGGACAGAGGCUCGUCUCUUACAACUCGAGAACGAUGCUCUCAAGGCGGAGGUGGAGCAGGGCAGCGAGGGGCUCGUCGGACAGCUGAAGGUGCAGAUGGCUCACAUGGAAGAGAAGUUGACUGUCUCAAGGGAGAACUGUUCACGACUUCAAGGCCAGCUCGCGAGCCAGAAGGCUGGAUACGAGGAGCAAAUUGCGCAGCUCGAAGCUCAGAUCAUGGAGCUGUUCAGAAUGCUGAGGGAGGUCGGUAAGGGCGUGGACCAGAUUCUGGACAGCGGUGGUAUGGACCGCAAGACACUCAUGGACACUCUUGAGAAACAUCUCCAGCGGAAUAAGACCAUCGAGAAACUGGAAGGCUGGGAAGGAGAACGACCUCGUCGGAAGAAGAGGAACAAGGACGGGGAAGAGGAGAGCGAGACGGACGAUGACGAUGUUGGGGCCACACCGGGCAAGUCGAGCUUGAAAAGGAGAACGGGCUCAAAGAAGAAUGGGAGGUCGGCGAAGUCGGCUCGGAUGUCAGAGGCGCAGAAUGCGAGAGCAUCGCAAUUCAUGGACGCUGACGAGGCUGAUGUACAAGAGCAGGUACAGCAACAGCUUGCGGCUGGUGUCAAGAUCUAUCCUGCGCGGGAUGGUCCUUUCGAGAGUCCGCGAACCGUCAACCGUUCAAUUUCUCGGCGCCUUGCUCAAGACAGCCCGAGCAUGAAACGCUCGAACAAAUCACAGAAUUUGCUCAGCGCUAUUCAGGACGACAAGAGUGAAAGCGACCAAGACGGCUCACAUUCCUCGUUCGGCCCCCGUGGUGACGACGAGAGUGAGUACGACCUUUCGACACGGAGCGGGUAUACAGCACUCACUGAAGAUACCCAAGCGACAUCAGUCACGUCGUCCAUUGAUGUAUCCCGCCAACCCGGUGUCGGUUCGCUAGCCGAGCAACUUUCGAAGCAUUUCGCAGAGAAAGGCAAGACUAUACCUGCUGCUGCCAACGAUACCCCACAGAUGUCACCAACACUGCCGUCUCUUGCAGAGGAACCCGAUACGACAAUAACGGGAGCCGCUCCACCUCCGCCACCUCCGCCACCACCUCCCCCGCCUCCGCCUCCCCCGCCUCCUCCUCCUCCUCCUCCUCCGGGUAUGGCCGGAAUGGGCAGUCCUCCUCCACCUCCUCCACCUCCUCCACCACCUGGCCCUGGUGGGAUGCCCGCAUUCUUCGGCGGCCCUCCACCACCACCUCCUCCUCCUGGUGCUCGCGGCUUCGACCCCGGCGCUCGUGCCUCCAUGAUGCUCGGCAACAAUCUCAACGUCCUUCUAUCCGCUCGAAAGGACAUUCACAUAGUUCCGAGCACGAAGAUGAAACAGCUACAGUGGGAUAAGCUACCGCAGCAGCAGGUAGCGAAGACUCUGUGGAGCGAUGUGAACGAAGAGACGACGAAGGAGGCAGAGAUGUUGCAGAAGCUCUCGAGUGACGGUAUCUGGAUGGAGAUGGAGGAGGAUUUCAAGGCGAAGCAGUUGGUCAUCAAUCUACUUGCCCGCCAGAAACGUGCAGAAUUGAAGAGCGUACUCGACUCACAGACCAAGAAGCGUGUCGAAAUUCUCGUCCAGCGCGUGAAGAGGAUGCCUCCGGAGGAAAUCGCUCAAAGGAUCAAAGACUACGACCCCGACGUCUGCACCCAAGUCUUCCUCAGCGAACUCAAGCGUGUGGUCCCCACACCCGAGCAGGUUGGCAAGCUGAAUGUCUACCGCAACGCAGACCCAGAAGAGCUCGCUGGGCUGCAUCCGGCAGAUCGCUUGAUGGUCAAACUCAUUCAAAUCGAUCGGCUGAACUCGCGCAUCGACGGUAUGCUGUAUAAGAUUACAUUCCAAGAGCAGUGGUCUUUGCUCGAUGACGGUGCGAGAAAGCUUUCGGAUGCUGGAAAGUCACUACUGGGUGCCUCGAACUUCAAGGAGUUGCUCAAUCUUAUCCUCUUGAUUGGUAACUACAUGAACGGCACAGGUAUUAAGGGUGGUGCUUUCGGUUUCCGAGUCAGCAGUAUCAACAAACUCGUUGACACAAAGUCAGCCAAUAACAUGACGUUGCUGCACUUCCUCGAGCGCACCGUAUCGAAGCAUUUCCCUGAUAUACAGCAAUUCGUGAGCGAGUUGAGCGCGCCUGCUGAAGCGUACCGAGUAAACCUGCUGGACGUUCGCAAAGGCCUCUCCGAGCUCCGAGAAGGCUUGAAGACCAUCCGUAAAGAACUUCAUGAGUUCCACGGCGAGCCGGAGACAAACGAUCGGUAUUCGCGUCAGAUGUGGGAUUUCCUGAGGAAGGGAAGCGCACAGUUGGAGGACCUCGAGGAUAUCGUAAACCUGGCAGACAAUACGUUCACUGAAGUGGUCAAAUACUUUGGCGAGGAUGAUAGGAAUAUGUCUUCUACAGAGUUUUAUGGCAUCUUCAAAACAUUCCUCACGUCGUAUCGGAAAUGCCAGCAGGACAAUCGGGCGAUACUUGAGGAGAAGGAGGCGGUCACGAGGCGGAAGCAAGCACAGGAGGAGAUGAAGGCCACUCGCGACAGAGCACGAGAAGCCGCUACUCCAGGGGAUCUUGAAGACACAUCUGCUCUUGAUGACCUCAUGAACAAACUCCGCGCAGGUGACAGCGUUGGACGACGUACUCGUCGUGCUCGGCGGCCAAGUCGAGCCGGAGGAGGGACCGGUGGCGCUGCUCCCUCACUUAGUAUCAACCCCGAGGCAACGUCUUCGCCACAUCUGGGCGGCGUCGAAGCGGCAGAUAUGGCUAUAGACAUGUUGGCAACACUGAAGAGCGAUGGGUUCGUGCCUACCCCGACGUCACCGACGGCGUCUUCGAGUGCACUUCCGACGGCGAGGAGAAGACGGUUGAGGACCGGAACUAUUGCGGCUGAUUUGGCGGCUGCUACGGAAGGUCUGGAGUUGUUGGAGGAGCAGCAGGAGCCUGACCAGGGACAGGGGCAAGAGCAGGAACAGGAUGCAGAGGAGGAUGACUCAACGUCGCCGGCUGGCUCGGCACUGAGGAUGCUGCAGGCGCUCAACUCGAGCGAGGAUGGAUGA